AGAGUCCUGAAUUCUUUUACUUCUGUUUCAACUAAAAGGUGGAUGUCAUUACUGAAGCAAAACAUCCACCUUUCUUUCAGACAUCAAGUCAUUAAAAUGACACUGGCUGGCUUUGAUGUGAAGUCCUCUUGUCUGCACAAAUUGUUGUGAAACUGGGGACUAAGAAAUCCCACAGGGUUGGACUGGCUUUUUUAAAAAAGGAGUCAGACAAAGAACUGGAUGGGGAGCAAUGGAUUUAUGACAGGCUGACCCUAGUGAACAUGUGAACUAUGGUCAAGGUUUCAUACAGAGCAGCAGAUAUGACUGUCUGUGGUGGAUUUAACAGUGCUGAGCAGGCUGGUGAGUUUCUGGCUUACAGAUGAGGACUGGCUUUUACUUUUAAUUUCUUAUUGCAGUAACUUGAUAAAUUUAGCUUCUGAGCUUAUUUGUUCAAUUUGUAAAACACACUCAAAUCAAACAUUUAACUGUUAUUCUGUUGUACAAGUAGAUGAUUAAUGCCUAAAGCUUCAGUGAUUGUGCUUGACUGUUGUCAAGAUGUAAUCCUUGGUGUAAACAUGUUGCUAUUUUGUUACACACUUAAAUCUCUGAAUCUUUACUGUGUCAAGGCAGAGAGUUCAUGCAUCCAGGCUGAACAGUGAAGCAGUGAGUGGGCACAACCUCUGAGAAGAAGAGAAAACCUUUGUCAUGGACUCUAACAGUACCCGCAGCGUGCAUUAUGAUCGCUGGAACGAGGACGUCAACAUGAAUGUAGAUGCUUCACAGUCUGCUGUAAGGAGGAUCUACAACAGAGUGUGUGUUGGCAGCACUGGAUUAGCAGUGAAGAUAGCAGGAGCUGUAGCUGCGCUGGUGUCCCUUUACAUCUUAGGAUAUAUGACAGGAUACUACAUUCAUAGGUGUUUGUAGCAGAAGCCAGGACAAAAGAAAAAGCUUGAGCAUUGUAGAUGUGUUUUUGAUAAGUUUGGACUAGAAAUGUUUUUAUUUAUAUCAGAAAUAACAUAAAUUCAGUAUUCAUACCUUUAAAAUCAAGGUUUGUAAAAUUGCAGUCUAUUAAAUGAAUGGGAAUUCUGAAACCCUGCAUGGCUGCUUUGUUUCCUGCAGAAAUAGUAACAUAAAUUGUGGCGCUAACACAACAAACUCUUUAUUUUCUAUGUAUCUCCAACAGGGAAUGAAUUUCUUCAAAUUUCUGUUGUGACAUAGCCGAUAUCGGUUGAUUUACUAUUUACAGACACUCUAGUUCCACUCAUAAUUUAUUGUGAUGUGACUGUGCGCUGCAGCAGACUCAGUAGUGGAACAUUUUGACUUGCUCGGUUCUAGAUUUGGCUGAUUUUGCAUGUGUUUCAGUGUGUCAGUCUCAAUCAUCCAGACCUUCAGCUCUUGUUUGAGCCUGGUUCAUUCUGCAUGUUCUGAGCAGCUGUGUAAAUAUUUCAAACUGUAGCUUCAGCAGUUUCUUUCUGUAUGACAAACAGAUGUACAUGAAUCAUUUAUCAGUACACGAUCUCCAAAGAUCCAGAGUCAGCAUGUAGGGCUUUUUUUUUGUUGUUUUUCUUAUCUAGGUAAAAAAGGGAUGCUUCACUAAGUAAUUGUAGCAUUAACAAGAGGAGCAUCAUUUAGUAAAACCAAAACUUCAAAGUUACACAAUUAUUACUUAUUUUUGCAAUAAUAAAGAUAAAAAUUUAAACAAAUUCCUCAUUAACACACUGAUUAAAACACUA